CAAAAUUAACAGGGAUAGUUUGUAGUGGGAGCUUCUUAUUGAUCGGCGAAAGAACCAUAGAUUAAGUAUGGUGACGAUUAAUUAUGAAUCCUAUGAUCAUUUAGCAUAUUAUGAUCAGAGUAAUGCAGAGGAAAGGGCAGAGGUGGAGAGGAUGGUUAGACGGGAGCUUGGACAGUCUAACAAUAAUAUGGACCCCAAUGUGUUGCAUCCAAGAGUAGAUCAGAUAUUACCAAUGUCAAACAACCACUUGACCACACCGGAGACAACACCAAGACUUUUACAAGAGAUAGAACGGUACGAGGAGGAACAUAUAGAGGAUACACAUGAAGAAAUGUUGGAGAAUAACAACCAUGGUCUUCCACAAAUCGUACGUGGAGGGAUAGAUAUGUCAAGAUAUUCUGAAUUUACUGAUUCAAAUGGUCAGAUUCAAUAUGAUAAUCUAUAUUCAACUCUUUCUUAUGCUAUCCUACAGGGCCGUAAUUUGGAUAUGGUUUCAGAUCACCAAGAGGAUCUCUUGAGGGCACAACAAUUGCAUUUACAAAAUCUUCAAGGCGUACAGGCCCAGGUGGAAUCUACGCUUGAAAGGAAACGAGAACGAGUUGAUGAAGUCAAUGAGCAACGAAAAAGACGACAAUUGGUGGAUUUCAAACCAGUGAACGACUACUUGCAGGAAAGAUGGAAGGAUGGGAUACGAUCUGUCAUUGAUUUGGGUAUUGAGGCUGGGAAAUUGGAUAAGUUAUAAAGAUAC